CUGCAUUUCCACAGUUGGUUUAACAAGACAUGCUGCAGCUGAAAGAAGCAUUCCAAUAGCUUCCUUAUCUGAACACCUGUUCUACCUUACCUGAUAAUAGAUCACAAAGACUUUUGAAGUCAUUUCACAGAGCGUAUAUACUUUGAGUUUAAAUUCACAAAAGGAAAACUAAAAAAACAUUGUUGAAAAGGAUAUUUGUAAAAGCAACAAUUAUGAACGUUAGUGGACAAGGUUCUCCAACAAUGCAGUCAAAUGCAACCAGCAUUAUGAAUGAGACAAUAUUACCAGAGGCAUGUAGUGACUUCCUUUUACCACAAUUAACAGAACACCUCUACAAUCUACGCCAUCCAGAAAGCAGUUCAACAGUAAACAUCAUCCGUGACAUCUUUAGUCAAUUAGUCCUCCCUAUUAUUAUGGCCAUAGGAAUCUUUGGCAAUCUCUUCACACUUUUGAUUCUCAGCCAAAAGAAAAUGCAUCAUAAGUUGAAGCCACUGGAACUAUCAUCACACAUUGGAUUAGUGGCACUCGCUACAUCUGAUUUAUUAUACUGUUUGUCUCAUUUUCCGAAGGCAUUUUUCCCCAAUACUGUAUCACUAGACAGACAUUUGAUGAUAUAUGAAACAUACCACAAUGGAUUUGUUAACUUAUUUGUGAUGUCCAGCACAUGGCUAACCGUACUUAUUGCAGUUAGUCGAUGCUUGGUGGUUUGUGACCCUCUACAUGCUGAGGCAAGAAUCAAUGUUAAAAGCGUCAUAAUUGCUGUAAUCAUCAUUGCAAUCGUCUCGAUCAUUUUCACCCUACCCAGGUUCUUAGCUCUACACAUACAGGGACAUGUCUGCACUUGGGAGAAUGGAACUUUAGAUAUGGUUUAUCUCUCGACCCAGCACCAUGAUCGGCUCAUUGUUUCUGAAUCAUACGUGUACAAAAUCCUGGGCAGUUUGAUAAAUUGUGUGGCACCUUUUAUCAUCCUCCUUGUCAGUAAUGUGUUGCUAAUAAUGGCACUAAUGCGCUCUCAAAGAUGGCAACAAAGUAACGUGACAAAUUCAACACAUACCAACACACACCAGUCAGAUUCUACAAAGAGACUGACCAUCACGCUUAUUGUAAUUGUCAUCUUUUUCUUGGUGCUAGUAACCCCAGCAGAUAUGCUACACUUUCACGCGACUUUCAAGAAACUGAUGAACGAAUCUAAUGAUGGGAUGAGUGAAGAGAAUGUAUCAGAUUUCAACAGGACUGAAAUUGCCAUCAUUGUUCUUAACACAAUACAGGCACUCAAUUUCACCAUUAACUUUACCUUAUACUACAUAGCACUGGUGCCAUUCCGUAAGUCUGUACACACUGCACUACAAAGCUGCAAAUGCUUGAUGAAUAGAUUCCGAGUCCAAAAACUACAGAGCGACAAGACUGGUUCAGAAUAUAAAUUUUCUGCCAUGACAUCUACCAGUGAGAAGUUAUGUUUGAUUAUUGGAUGCUGCCCAGUUUUUAUAAAGUAUAAUAAUAAUACUGAUAAUGACUCAAACUAUAUGGAACAACAACAAAGAAGCAUAGAAAAGUUUGUCCAAGAACCAUAUAGGUAGAGACCAACUAAUCUACAAGGUUUGGGAAAUGAUACAACAAAGAAAGAAGUAUGAUGCAUUGAACUAUAUCACGCUUCUAAAGCAAUGCAAGAUGCAUGCAUUUGAAUGGCUUUUUGUGGCUGCAUCACAGCCAAGAACAAGCACAAGCGAACAAGCACUUUAAGUAAUUUUGAGAAAGUGACCACAAUUGUUACUCCCACAAAUGUACAAAGGAAGAGGUACAUGUGACAUAUAAAACUGAAAUAACAUGAACAAUGGCCCUAACCUAGCUGAGCAGACACUCAGAGAUUACAGACAUGAAAAUGAAAAUGUAAAUGCUACUAUAAAUGAUGCUACACAUUUGAAAGAGUGUAAAAUGUUUGAUAUUGAAGCAAAUGAUGGAUGAGAUAAAAAAAAGAGGUAAAGACACUAGAAGAGUGAAAAAUGUAUGAUAUUAAAGCAAAGGCUGAAUUAGAUAACAAAAAUAGGUAAAGACACUGGAAGAGUGAAAAAUGUUUGAUAUUAAAGCAAAGGC